AUGUAGUUAAAAAUCCCAACAUAUAAGAUUAUAUCAAAAAUAGGAUGUGGAUCUAAACAUUUUGUUUAUAAAGCGGAGUAAGUAUAUCAUUCUGAAUAAUUUGCUGUAAAGAUAGAAAAAUCUGCUAAAAUAGGUUAAUUAGAGAAAGAAUACUAAAUACUUAAUAAAUUAUAAGGAAUAUAAGGUGUUCCUAUGGUAAAAUAAUUUGGAAUAACUGGAGAUAAAAAGUAUUUUUGUAAUAAUAAAUUAAAGAUGUUUUAUAAUCCUUCCACUAUUUCAUUGUAAUUUAGUUGAUUUAGCUUAAUCUCAACCAUUAUCUUUCUCUUCUUUAUUAAUAAUCGGUUUAAAAGUGAUUGAAAUAUUAGAAAAAGUCCAUUAGAAUAACAUCUUACAUCUUGAUAUAAAACCUUAAAAUAUUAUGCUCUCUCAACCAAUUAUAAAAUAAUCAGAUAUUUUACAACCUGGAUUUAUUCAACUUAUUGAUUUUGGUUUAUCAUAAUAAUUUAUUCAAAAUUCAGAAUUCUUAUAAGAUAUAUUUAUUGGCUCUUUAAAUUUUGCAAGUAGAUCUUCACAUAAUGGUGAACAAUUAGGAUAUAAAGAUGAUUUAGAAAGUUUAAUAUAUGUAUUAUGUUACUUACAAAAUUGUAAUUUAAUUUAUUAUAUAAUUAAGUGAGAUUGCCAUGGUCUGAAAAUAAGUUAUAUGGAUUUAUGGAUGAGGAUAAUGAGUUCAUUAAGAAAUCUAAAUUUUCAUUUGUUAAAACAAUCAUUUAUUAACAGAAAUCUCCUCUUAAUUUUUCUAGAUUAAUGUCAUACAUAAAUUCUUUAAAAUAUGAUAUAAUGCCAAACUAUGUUUAUAUCAAAGAAGUGUUUAUGUAAAUGAUUUAAGUAUCAAAUGGUUUAUUUUUUAUAAAUAAAUAAGAGUAAUAAUUAUCAUUUUGCACAACAACCUAGAGUUAAUAAGCAAACUCAGAAAUAUUAAGUUUAUAAAAAGAGGAUAUAUUUGAUGAAAUUAAUGCUGAUUAUAAUAGUGAAGAAAAUAUCAUACUCAUCUCUAAUUUAAUUGUCAAAUAUAAGACAAACUAAAUUAAAUCAAUUAAAGACAUAAAUUUAUGA